AUGGACGAACAAUAUCUUCAGUCGUUAGAAACGACGUUAAAAGAGACACUUGUGCCUGACUCUAAUGUCGUUAAGCAAGCUGUCAACAGGUUGCAAAAGGAGUUGUACCCUCUGCCUGCCGCCAUCCCUGGAUUGUUCCAACUUUUGCUGACAUCGCAAGAUGAAGCCGUCAAGCAGUUGGCCGCCGUUGAAGCUAGAAAGCGUGUUUCCGCUGCGUGGGAGACCCUUGAUCCCCUGAUGAAGCCUCUGAUCAAGGCUAACCUCUUACAGCAUACCUUCGGGCAGUCGAACAAGAAGAUCAGACAUUCUUGUGCACGUACCGUAGCCGCCAUUGCUGAAAUUGACCUUGAGAACAACCAGUGGGAAGAGUUGUUGCCUGCUCUUGUAAACGGUGUACAAGACGCGAAUCCUCAAACCAAGGAAAUGGCCAUCUUCACUUUGUAUGCUGUGCUUGAAACGCAAGCCACGCCCCUUGCCAAACAUGUUGGUGAUUUCUUGGAUUUAUACUCUGGUCUUCUCCGCGAUGACUCGAGAACGAACCGCGUCAAUGCCGUCCUCGCACUCGACGUUUUGGCUCAAUAUCUCGAAGAAACCGAAGAUCUUGAUCAAAACUUGACCAAUAAGUUCAAGCAAUGCAUUCCUGGUAUGGUUGAUGUAUUGAAGGAAGUCAUUUCCCUGAAUGACGAAGACUUGGCAAAGUCCGUUUUCAACGUGUUCAAUGGCCUUGUGUUUGUUGACUCCAGACUCAUUGGUGACCAGUUGGUGGAUCUUAUCCAAUUCAUGUGCGAAAUUGCCUCAAACACUCAGUUGGAUUCUGAAUACCGUGCCUUUGCUUUACAAUUUCUUAUCUCGCUGAUUUCCUACAGAAAGUCACGCAUUUCGCAAGCUAAGCUCGGCCCCGGCUUGACCAAAAUGGCUGCUCAAAUUUCUGCUGAAGAAAUUGACGAAGAUGCCGAACUUGCUGGUGAUGACGAAGAGAAUGAGAACGAAGAAAAUGAACCUCCUGCUUUAGCUUUGCGUUUGAUAGCCAUGAUGGCCGGUGAGUUACCUCCUUCUCAAGUCAUCGUUCCCUUGUUUGACAACUUACAGCAAAUGUUGCCCUCUCAAAAUAAAUUCGAGCGCCGUGGUGGUUUGUUGGCUAUCAAGGUGGCUUCGCUGGGGGCUCCUGACUUCAUCCGUACCCAAAUCCAAAAGGUUUUGCCUGCCAUUGUUGCUGGCUUGAAAGAUCUGGAAGUUAUCGUGCAAGUUGCUGCCCUCAAGACUUUGGCUAACUUGACUGCUGAAUUGCAAGACAGUGUGGCCGAUUACCAUGAAGAAUUGUUACCUCUCAUCAUCAAUGUGAUCAACAACGCUACCUCGAUGGCUGCUUACAAGUUUGCUUGUUUUGCCUUGGAUGGUUUGAUCGAGUUCAUGUCCCAUGAAGCUAUGGGUACUUAUGUACAACCCCUCAUGGAAAAGUUAACCGUUAUGUUGCAACAAGCCAACAACAAUGUUUUGCAGACCGCCAUUGUAUCGGCUAUCGGCUCCACUGCCUUUGCGGCUGGUAAGGCUUUCACUCCUUACUUCAGCGAAACCAUCCGUAUCUUGGAACCUUUUGUUGCUAGUGGUCAAUCCAUCGAAGGGUUGUCGGAGGACGAUAUUGAACUAAGAGCUUGUGCUUUUGAAAACAUUUCCACUAUUGCCCGUGCCGUUGGUCCUGAACUGUUCUCGCAAUACGCCAAGCCUCUCGUUGAGGCCGCCUACCAUGCCGUCAAAUCCGACCACUCUAGAAUCCGUGAAUCUGGUUUUGGAUUCAUCUCUAACAUGUCUAAGGUUUACGGCGCAGAAUUUGCAAGCUUCUUGGAACAGAUCGUGCCUGAAAUCUUGACUUGCUUGCAGCAAGAAGAAUUCUCUUUCAACGAAAACUUCGACGAAGAAGGUGGUGAAGAUGAAUCGCCGGUGAACAUCCAUACCGGUAUUACUAUCGAAAAGGAGAUUGCCGCCCUCGCUCUUGCUGAGUUGGCUAAGGGUACUGGUAAGGAUUUCGCACCUUACGUCGAUGCCUGUAUCAAGGUCUUGUCGGACCAAGUGGAAAACUCGACUGGUAUGAGAGAAGCUGCCCUUCAAGCUACUUUGGCUAUUGUUAAGGCUAUCUUCGUAGCUCAAUACGGUGAAGACUUUAAGGCACCUAAGGGCGUCCCCAAGCAACCUUACGUCGAUCAACCAAUUAUGGAAUUGAUUAACACCGCUCGUUCGGUUGCCAUUGCUCCCUUAGAAUACGAGUUUGAGAUCACUAUGGUGGCUUCAAUUCUUGAUGGCUUAGCUGACUUGAUCAAUACCAUUGGAGCUCUUGCAGUGGUUGAUGCUUCUAAUACUGAGGAACUUCAGGCACUCUGUGUUGAAUUGAUGAAGUUGCUCAAGCGCGAACACCCUUGUCAGGUUGAAGAUGACGAAGGUCCUGACGAUGACGAUAGUGAUGCUUCUGAAGUUGAUGCUGUCAUUUUUGAAUCCAUCUUGGAAGUUUUGGUCAACUUGGCUGCCGCUCUCGAAGGUGACUUUAAUGAGAUCUUCUCUUCCUUCAAAGAUGUGAUCUUGUCUCGUCUUAACUCGAAGCUGAAGCCCAUUCGUGUUGCCUGCAUCGGCGCUUUGUCAGAGAUUUCCUACGGUCUCAAAAGCGCUAAUCCCUACACUCAGGAGUUGUUGCAAGUCUUCAUCGACCGGUUGCAAAAUGACAAGUCUCUUGAAGUCAAGUCCAAUUCUGCUUAUGGUGUAGGUGUUUUGAUUGAAAACAGCACGCAAGAUUUGUCUUCCAUCUACCAAAAUGUGCUUGAACUUUUGUUCUACUUGUUGAGCAAGGCCGGGAAGACUGCCGAAGAAGAUGAGGAAGCCAAGGAUGUCGUGGAUCGCUCUUACGCCAAUGCUUGUGGUUGUGUCGCUCGUAUGUACUUGAAGCAACCUCAAUCUAUUCCCACCAACCACGUCGUUCCUGCCAUGUUAGAACGUUUGCCUUUGGAAACAGCAUUCGAAGAAAAUGAUGUGAUUUUUAACAUGAUCAUUAAGUUAUAUGAAGCCCAGGAUAAUGCUAUUGAAGCUGAAACUCCUAGAAUCAUUAAAGUGUUUUCGGAAGUUUUCGUGAAGGAUGCGAAGCGCGUGAAAUUGGCAGAAGAGUCCACUUUGGGUAGAGAAGAAACGUUGGAUGCUAUGAAGCAAUUCCCCAAAGAAGGCUUACGGGAGAAGGUUGUCGAAUUGCUUAGGUUUUUGGAUUCAAAGCUGAACGGUGCCGUCUCGCAAGACGAAGUGUUGAAGCUGGUGUUGGCUUGA